AAACUUCAAAAAAUCAACCGGUGUUAUUACUGGCGACAAUGUACGUAAGUUGUUUCAAUAUGCGCAUGAACAUAGUUUCGCUAUUCCAGCAGUGAACGUUAGUUCCUCGUCCACUAUUAAUGCUGCACUUGAAGCAGCUCGCGACAUUAAGGCACCGCUUAUUAUUCAACUCUCGCAAGGUGGUUCCCAGUUUUAUGCAGGUAAAGGUUUGAGUAAUGAAGGACAACGUGCUUCUAUUAUUGGUGCAAUCUCGGCAGCUCAUCACGUUCGUCACGUUGCUAAAGAGUAUGGAAUGUAUUUUGAUGGAAUGUUAGAAGCGGAUGAGGAAUACUUUGUACAACAUGGUGAACCUUUUGUUCAGCUUGAUCUUUCAGAGGAAUCAAAAGACGAGAAUAUUGCCAUCUGUUAA